GAGAUGUCAAAUGGCAUCGAUUGAAAAUGUUCGAUAUAUCGCGGCUUUCUUGUUUGGGUGUCUUUUGCUUCCCUAAAGUAUUUUUUCUUUUAUAAAAUGCACAAUAUCUUCAAACAGUGAUCUUUUUCAAAAACCAAAAGGAUAGAUUGCAAAAAUUUAGAAGUAAUUCGCGAAAAAUCUCAUUCAGAGACUAUAAAUUGAUAGGAAAACACCGUUACAGAAUAUCGUAUUAGAUAUUUGAAAAAUAUCGAUUGUUUUGGGAAUUGUCUGUGGAUUUUCGCUUGUCAUUGUGGGGCACUUGAAAAAUAUUUGUGCAUUUCCUCGUGAUUUACUCCAAAAAUCCGCCCCCAAGUUCAAAAUUCUUCACCCAGGGAGUGUUAAUACCUGGAAGAGUGAAAGAUAUAGUGAUAAACUGUGCAAGAUGACGACUAAUAUUGUUUUUAGUCCCACCCUCACCAAAUCGGAUCCACAUGAUCAUCCUGUCUUAGUCGUUGGGCAGCUGCCACACCUCUCUGCCCUAUCUUUUGACGAUUUGAGAAUGAAGCUGGAGCCACGAGUGACUUCUGAGACAUUUGCCAAUGCCCUGGCUUGUCUCCAUCCAUCACCAACUGACACUUGUCCCCUUUACUUGGAUCUGGCCACCUUGGCAGCAUUGCCACUCAAGUGCUCCAGACACAAUACGAACAGUCGGGCUCAUUCUAUCACCAAACUCGUAAGUACCAAUGUGACUGGGGUCAAUGAGAGUAUCGUUAUUGUGUGCGAGAAGAAGGAUUUAUUCGCGAGUGCAUGUGCAGUUGUCCGGGCUUUUCCUCUGUUCUCCCGGAAGAACCGGCGAGGCACCACGCCUCCGGUCACGGUGAAUGUGGAAUUUAUCCUGAUGGAAGGGGAAAAGAUUCUGCUGGAACCUCUGUCUCAACCAGAGAUUUCUUGCAUUGAAAGCGUCGCAAGGGGAAUUCGCCUGGCGGCUAAGAUUGUGGACACUCCCUGCAACGAGAUGAAUGUCUCCCACUUCCUGGAGGAGGUGCAGACCGUUGCAGGGGAAGUUGGCCUUACGCCAGUCAUAAUUCGCGGUGAAGAUCUUGAAGCUCAUGGCUUUGGAGGGAUUUAUGGUGUUGGAAAGGCAGCUGCUGUACCUCCAGCACUCUGUGUUCUGUCUCAUGAGCCCGCUGGGGCUACCAAGACCAUUGCUUGGGUGGGAAAGGGGAUUGUCUAUGACACCGGUGGCCUCAGUAUCAAGGGAAAAACUGCCAUGCCGGGCAUGAAGCGCGAUUGUGGAGGCGCUGCAGCAAUUCUGGGAGCCUUCUAUGCUGCAGUUAAGAGUGGCUUUACAGAAAAUCUCCAUGCUGUCUUCUGCUUGGCCGAGAAUUCUGUAGGGCCCAAUGCUACACGUCCCGAUGAUAUCCACAAGCUCUAUUCUGGUCUCACAGUUGAGAUCAACAACACUGAUGCUGAAGGGCGUCUUGUACUGUCCGAUGGAGUAGCUUAUGCCAAGAAAGAUUUAAAGGCUGAGAUUAUCCUGGACAUGGCUACCCUUACCGGGGCUCAGGGAAUAGCAACCGGGAAGUAUCAUGGUGCCAUUCUAACGAAUAGUGAUCUAUGGGAACAGAAGGCAUUGGAUGCUGGAAGGAUUUCUGGAGAUUUAUUGUCUCCAGUUCCGUACUGCCCUGAACUGCACUUCUCAGAGUUCUCUUCGAGUGUUGCUGACAUGAAGAACUCCGUUGGUGAUCGCAACAAUGCCCAAGUGUCAUGUGCUGGGCUCUUCAUUGCAGCUCAUCUGGGAUUUGAUUAUUCCGGAUCCUGGCUUCACAUCGACAUGGCAUCGCCUGUUCACUGCGGUGAGAGAGCCACAGGAUAUGGCGUAGCUCUUUUGUGUUCCCUGUUUGGGAACUACACCACGUGUUCACUUCUUCAGCAAUUUGCUCCGAAUGUGACUGAACCUCCAUUAAAGAAGGUUUGCCUUUAAACUUUAAACCAUGAAAUACGAAAGACUGAAAACUGCAAUUUUAGAUGAUUUGUAUGUAGUUUCUGUCGCCAAUUUUACAAAUUAAAUAAAUAAUUAUCUUUUCAUGAAGAAAA